GUGAAGGCAUCUUCGACACCGGGAAAAAACUCGCUCGAUCAACGUUCAUAUAUACGCGACUCUCUAUUACGGUAGCUCUCGAGCAAACACUUGAAUGUGGAAUUCACAGACCAGUUUGGUUCAGUUCUUCCAAAUUUCUCGAUAAAGUUAUCAAAAUGGAAUGUAGGGCGUUAUUUUCACCGAACGGAUAACGAAUUUGUGAAUACUUGCUAUGGAUAUCAUGUAAACCGUUUGGAGGUGCUGAGAAAAACCAAUUGUGACUGGGAGAAUCCCUCAACAAAGUUAUUGUUCGUCCAUCUAUCUAUUGAACGGAAGUUUGAAAUGGAGUUACCUGCCGCUAUGGCCCAUCUCCUUCGUAUCCUGUGGCUCGCCGCGGCCGUGUUCCACGGAGCGGCACUUGCAGCUUUUGAUACUCAUCUCUCUAAUUAUGAAGAGCAGGGGUAUUCACUAUUUAACGCAUCUCUUGGAAGUGAAUGGUCAUAUUCACUUCAUCCAACUUUAACAGGGGAAGAUGCCAAAGAAAACAUUGAAAUUGACACUUAUACAGGAGAAUUAUCCCUGUCAAAAACUAUGGAAUGUUACAUGCUUCAUGAGAACCCUUUCUUGGUUUAUGUGCAAACUCGUGGAAGAACUACAGUUUUAGGCUCAGAAAAAGUUGGUUUGUAUGUGAUGUUACCUAUAGCAAUUUAUGUUCAUGGGUUUGGUUGCCAUCCAAAGAAAGCCAAGAAAAAGAAUUUUGAUCAGGAUGACAUUGAACACACCCCUCUAUCUGCAACACGACCACUGCAGAUAAUGAUGGAAUAUCCAGAAGGAACAUGCUGGUUUCCUGGAGAUAUCUUGUUGAACCUCAAUAACUUCCUUCCUAAAUCACUUUCGGGCUGUCAAAUUAAAUACUUUAUGAGUAAUGGCAAGGAGCAUGAUUUUGAUAUUGAUGCUGCGUCAGGUAAACUACGUAUAGAAAAUGAUGUGGUUUGUGUUUUUGAACACCAAUCAGAACAUAUAAGUGGAUCAGUACACAUUCCGUCAUCUUGCUUAGCAAAGCCUCCUUCUUACUUGACAGACAAAGUGGAGGAGGAGAUGGUGCCUAUUCUGAUUGAGUUGCGAGCAUCAGACACUAAUCGUUUGAAUGCUGAUGAAACAUCAAGAAAACGAGAAGUUGUUCUAAAACGCUUCAGAAGGCAACUUAGGAACACAUAUCCAACAUUCAGUCAGCCCAUAUAUACCCGUCAAGUACCAGAAAAUGAAGAUGAAGGAUAUGUUGUGGCAACAAUCACUGCAACGGACAAUGAUGAUGGUGAUAAUGGAAGAUUAUCGUACAGCCUUGUAGCUCUUGGCGAUGCUCGCAGCCAAAAUAUGUUUGCCAUCGAAGAAAACACAGGAAUUAUCACAACCACUACUUCACUUGAUCGGGAGCAGAUUCAAUCUCAUUCAUUUCGUCUCACAGCAACAGAUCAUGGAACCCCUCCAAAAUCUGCUCAAGUUUAUCUGACGGUCAAUGUAGAGGAUCGCAAUGACCAUACCCCUAUAUUUGAACAACCAAGCUAUGUGGAGACCACAAAUGAAGGUCAGAACCCAGGAACCUUGAUUGCCAGGGUGAGGGCAUCUGAUAAUGAUGUUGGGCCUAAUGCUGAAAUCAGGUACAGCAUUGUGAACAACGAGAGUCCGAAUGAUGUUUUCACAAUGAACCCCACAAGUGGAGAGAUUAAGACCUUGGUGCGAUUGGACAGGGAACUGAUUGAAAGAUAUAAUAUAUUGGUGAUGGCUCAAGAUAUGGGUACUGAUCCUGGAAAGAAGAAUUCAACAGCAGAAGUGUUGCUGACAGUUCUUGACUUGAAUGACAAUUCCCCUCACUUCUCCCAAUUGAGUUAUGAGGUAUCUGUACGGGAAGAUGUAAGUCCAGGUGACCCUGAGAGCCAAAUUCUGCAUGUCAUGGCUACAGAUGCUGAUGAAGGUUCUAAUGCCGAUGUCCAUUUCAGUUUGACCCAUGGCAACUUUGAGAAUCGCUUCAGGAUUGAUUCGCUAAAUGGCUAUAUCUCACUUCAAAAUGGUUUGGAUUUUGAAACAACAAGGAGUUACAGACUGAGCAUUCGUGCCCAGGAUUCUGGUAAUCCACCAAGGGAGAACACAACAACUGUUACAGUAACAGUUAUAGAUGUGAAUGACAACAAACCUCAGUUUACCCAGAAUGUUUACCAGGGUAUAGUGCGGGAAGAUGUUGAUGUUGGAUACUCCAUAUUAUCAGUGAUGGCAAGAGAUGAUGAUCAGUUGGAAAAUGCCAGGAUAACUUUCUCUGUUCCAAACCCUCCUAGUGGAUUUCCUUUUGAAAUCAAUCCUACUUCUGGUUCUAUAACAAACAGUGUCAGUCUUGACAGAGAGUCUGGUCAUACUUGGGAGUUUAAUGUCAUUGCAGCGGACCAUGGAGAACCUCCUAAAUCAUCCACAGCUUCGGUCACAAUCACUGUAACUGAUGUAAAUGACAAUGCUCCAAUCUUUCCUCAAGAUGUCUAUUAUGCCUCUGUGGCUGAAGAUGCUUACCAUGGUUUUGAGGUGUUGACUGUGACAGCAACAGAUCCUGAUGAACAGAAUGCUAUUUCCUAUAGGAUAGUAGAUGCCCUGGACCCUACUGGCCGUAUCCCUUUCAACAUUCUCACACAAAACAAUGAAGGAACAAUUACUGUUACGUCUCAACUGAGUUACAAUGCAAAGUCAUUUUAUUCUUUGGCAGUUACAGCAUCAGAUAGGCAGUUUGAAAGCACUUGUACUGUGUACGUAAAUGUGACUGAUGUUAAUGAUUUUGCUCCAGUGUUCCAUAACUCACCCUACAAUGUUUAUGUCAGUGAAGGUGCAGAUAUUGGAGAGGUUAUUGUUAGAGUGUCAGCAUCAGACAAUGAUGCCGGCGCUAAUGCAGAAGUAAGCUACAGUAUGGAUCCUUCUCCAGUGUUUGAAAUUGAUGAAGAGAGUGGUGAGAUUCGCACCAAGGUUCUUUUAGAUCGUGAAGAUAUUUCCUCAUAUACCUUGUAUGUGACUGCAAGUGAUCAUGGAAUAAACCCACAGCAAUCAAGGGCAUUUGUUCAAGUCACUGUCCAGGAUAUAAAUGACAAUUCUCCAGUGUUUGAAGAAACAAGCUACAGUGCUGAAAUCCAAGAGAAUUCCUUAGCCUUUACCAGUGUCAUCACAAUUUCUGCAUCCGAUGCUGAUCAAGGUUCAAACAGUGAAGUAAAGUACACCUUUGAAGAUGGUGAUAGUGGAGGAGGACGAUUCACGAUUGAUGAGACUUCUGGUGUCAUUCGAGUUGCCUCUAUGCUUGACCGUGAGUACCAGGCAGAGUAUGUCCUUGUUGCUGUUGCAUAUGACCAGGGAGUCCCAUCAUUGAAGACCUCGGCAGAGAUAACUGUAGAGAUCACCGACAUCAAUGACAAUCCACCAGUGUUUGAUGAACGAGACUACUAUGUUACGAUCAGAGAGAAUCGUGAUCCUGGAGAACAGGUUAUGAAAUUAAUGGCAUCGGAUCCAGACUCUGGGUUCAAUGCUCAUGUCCAAUACACCAUCGUCCGGGGUGAUCAGGAUUACUUUGAAAUCAACCCUGACACUGGACUAAUCAUCUCUUUAGAGAUGUUUGACUAUGAAGCCAGGAAUCAGUAUGAGAUCAUAGUUCAUGCUACUAAUGUCCCAUACUUUGCUGAAGCAACAGUCCACAUCCAGGUUCUUGAUGUCAAUGACAAUGCACCUAUCCUAGGAGAUUUUGAGAUUUAUUUCAACAAUUAUGAAGGGUAUUUUCAUGAGGAAGAUAUAGGACAGGUCCCUGCUACAGACCCUGAUGUCUCUGACACCUUGACAUAUGAGAUAACAAGUGGAAACAACAAUCAGCACCUGAUUCUAAAUACAACUACAGGUGGAAUCAGACUCAAUCCUACUCUUAGAGGAUCAGAUAUCCCACAAACCAUUCAGUUUACUGUUCAAGUAUCAGGUAAGACACUUUCACUUAAUAUCAGAAUGUGUUAUAAAAUAAAGGGAUACAUUACAGUUAGUGAUAAUAAGUUGCUAAUUGCAUCAAUGUGGAUGCUUCAUGUUCAAUUCUAUUGUGGGCAUAUUGGCCCUGAAAAAGUCUAUGCAAACAUAUUUACCCACAAAAGAAUACAUGAUGUGUUGUUUAGAGUCUACAUUGAUUCAUUCUUCACCAUGGUAACAUUCAGAAGUUACUUUAAAUUUGAGAAAUAUUACAUAUAGAUCUACUGGAGUUAU